AUGGGCACUUCAAAGUCCAGCCCAACCGUCCUCCCCCUAAUUCCGCUUGCACCCCCCCUCGCCGUCCUUCCCGGCACCACGCUCAAGAUCCCCAUUACCAACCGCAGCGAUGUCGCGGCCAUCCUGGCCAAAAUCUACAGCAUCAGUCCAACCGCACGUCCAGACGCUGCCAUAACCGUCGCCUGCGUGCCCUUGUGCUCAAACACCCUGUCACCCGACGGACGACUGUUGAUCACCAAUGCCAACGACGGCGAGGGUGGCGGCGCAAGGGCAAAGGGAAACAAGGGCAACGUCUAUGAGAGCGAUCCGAUGUUGGCGACGAAGAAGGAUGUCUUUGGCUGGGCCUGUGUGGCCAAAGUCAGCGGGGUGCAGGGCCGACGGCAGGGAGAUUUGAGUUUGGUCGUCGAGGGUCUGGAGAGGGUGAGGGUGGUGGGUGUUGUCCAGGAACGGCCGUACUUUGAAGGCGAAUUGGAGGCCUGUGACGAGAUGAUCGACGUUGCAAGCCAAGAAUUCAUCCAUCAAUUCAAUCUGCUCAAGCAAUUGUCACGCGAACUCCUCGCCCUCGUCCGCCUCUCCGCAAUCCUCCCACGCGCCCCCACAGUCACACUCUCGCCCAUUGUCGCGCGAAGGCUCGAACUCUACAUCACAAGGAAGGAUCUGGUCGAAGCUGGCGCGCUCGCAGACUUCAUGGCGAAUGUGGUGGACUGCACCCAUGAGGAGAAGCUACGGGUGCUGGCCGCGGUAGACCCCAAGGAGCGCAUCGACCGCGUCAUUGAGAUUCUGCAGCGGCAGAUUAGCAAUAUCCAAGGCAGCACGAGGAUCACGGUGACAACCUCCCAAGGCCCCAAUGGCAGUUUCGACAUUGAUCAGCUGCGAAGACUGCAACAGGAAGCCCUUGUCAGACGGGGCAAGGCAGGCCUGCCAGCUGGAUUCCCCGUCGGCUUCCCCGGUGGAGGACAGCAGGCGGGUGAAGAGGACGGCAAUGAGAUGGACGAGUUGAAGAAGAAGUUGCAAGAUGCCAGACUGUCGACGGACGCAGAAAAGGUGGCACAGCGCGAGUUGGCCAGACUGCAGAAGAUGAACCCGGCGCAGGCCGAAUACCAGGUCUGCCGGAAUUACCUCGAGAAUCUGGCCGAGAUUCCAUGGACAAAGACGACGGCGGACCAGCUCGACGCAAGCACUUUGAUGCGGGCCAAGAAGCAACUGGACGACGACCAUUAUGGGCUGGACAAGAUCAAGAAGAGGCUGUUGGAGUACCUGGCCGUCUUGAAGCUCAAGGAGCAGGCAAACAGGAGUAUCGACGACCAGAUCCGCGCCUUGAGCGAAGCCCCUGGCGCUGAAGAAGCAGAGUCGCCCGAACGGGCUGUGGAAGAGAAGGCGCCACGUGAACAGUCGGAGGCCGAGCUACGAUUGCUAGAGAAGAAGCGCAUGGUCGACAAAUCCCCCAUCCUGCUCCUUGCCGGCCCACCCGGUGUGGGCAAGACGUCACUUGCAAAGUCUGUCGCCACCGCCCUGGGUCGAAAGUUCCACCGCAUCUCCCUCGGCGGUGUCCGUGACGAAGCCGAGAUUCGUGGUCAUCGACGGACCUAUGUGGCUGCCAUGCCUGGCCUGAUUGUCAACGGGCUGAAGAAAGUGGGUGUGGCGAACCCCGUGAUCCUACUCGAUGAAAUCGAUAAACUGGCCGGAAGCAACCACAACGGCGAUCCCAGUGCUGCCAUGUUGGAAGUGCUGGACCCAGAGCAAAAUCACACGUUUACAGACCACUAUGUUGGUAUCCCGAUUGACCUGUCUAAAGUGCUCUUCAUUGCUACAGCAAACAGCCUCGACACCAUCCCGCCGCCGCUCCUAGAUCGCAUGGAAACCAUUGAACUCAGCGGCUACACUACGAUUGAAAAACGGCACAUUGCUUCUCGACACCUGAUCCCCAAACAAAUCACCACCAACGGUCUGCGCCCAGAAAACGUCAGUAUCCCGACCGAAGUCCUGGACAAGAUUAUUACAAACUACACGCGCGAAUCCGGCGUGCGCAACCUCGAGCGCGAAAUCGGAAGCAUCUGCCGUGGCAAAGCGGUCGAAUACGCCACGGCAAAGGAUACAAACACGCUGCCUACCUACUCCCCGGUCGUCACCAUGGCCGACGUGGACGCGACACUGGGCAUCGAACGCUUCACGGACGAACUCACCGAGCAGACGUCCAAACCCGGCGUCAUCACCGGUCUCGUGGCCUAUUCCUCUGGCGGCCAGGGCAGCAUCCUCUUCAUUGAGAUUCUGGAUAUGCCAGGCACCGGACGGGUGCAACUGACGGGCAAACUGGGCGAUGUGCUCAAGGAAAGCGUGGAAGUGGCGUUGACGUGGGUGAAGGCGCAUGCGUUUGAGCUGGGGCUCAGCGGGAGUGUGGACGAGGACAUUAUGAAGAAUCGCAGUAUCCACGUCCAUUGUCCGAGCGGGGCGAUUCCCAAGGACGGACCGAGUGCCGGUCUCGCCCACACGAUCGCCCUCGUCAGCCUGUUCUCGAACCAGCCCGUUCCGCCCACGCUGGCCAUGACGGGCGAAGUCAGUCUGAGGGGCAGGGUGUUGCCCGUGGGCGGGAUCAAGGAGAAGCUGAUUGGGGCGUUGAGGGCGGGGGUGGAGAGGGUCUUGUUGCCCGAGGGCAAUCGCAAGGAUGCGAGGGAGUUGCCGGACGAGGUGAAGAGGGGGAUCAAGAUUGAGUUUGUGGGUCACAUUUGGGAGGCGUUGGGGUUGGUGUGGCCGGAGCGGUGGGAGGGCAAGGGGUUGGGUGCGUGGGAGAGUAGGUUGUAG